AUGGAGCCUCAGCCCGAUGUGCAGCCGCAUCUCUAUACGGCCGUUUCAAUGCCCAGCCUCCAGGCCACCGGGAUCGCGCCGUCGCCGGGGAGUCGGAUGACGCUGACAACCCCGGACGGCACGCAGCACUACAUUGCGCGCAGCGACGUCGAAUUCCUCAGCACCGUCUCCAACAUCAUUCAAGACCUGGACCUGGUGAACUCCGAGUGCCCGACGGUGCCGAUUCCGGUGCGACUGAACGCGGAGGCGCUGAGCAAUGUGAUCCUGUUCGGGCGCCAACUGCGCGAUGGCUGCUGGACGACGGUCGAUUGGCUGCACAAAUUCGUCGGCCUCCCCCCGGCCGAGCUGUUUGUGCUCGCUGAUACGGCCAACUACUUGGGCGCCGCCCAGCUGCUCGACAAAAUUGUGCUGCGCAUGAGCAGCGAGCUUCGGGGGAAAACGCCGGCCAAAAUGCGCGAGUACCUCGGGGUCGAGGAUGACAUUAGCCCGGAGGCCAGGGAGCAGAUCGAAAAAGAGUUCGCCAAGCUCCGCUGCCAG